CAUACAGGUCCACGCCCGCCCGCCCGCCCGCCCAUAGAGCUCGCCGCCUCCCUCCUUCCCUCCCUGUCUCCUUCCCCGCCUCUCUCUCGUCGUCGUCCCCCGCAGCGCCGGCCGAAGCAAAGCACGGGGACUCAACCGCCGCCAUGAGCUACUACGGCCAGCAGCAGCCCCCCGUCGGCGUGCCUCCACAGCAAGGGUAUCCAGGGAAAGAAGAGUACCCGCCGGCAGGCUACCCUCCGGCCGGGUACCCACCGCCGGGGCAGGGACAGGGCUACCCUCCCCAGGGAUACCCGCCGCAGCAGGGGGGUUAUCCGCCACAGCAGGGUGGGUAUCCGCCGCAGCAAGGCUACCCGCAGCAAGGGUACCCACAGCAGGGGUACCCGCCUCAGUACGCGCAGCAGCCGCCGCGGCAGCAGCAGAGCAGCGGCCCGUCCUUCAUGGAGGGAUGCUUGGCCGCCCUUUGUUGCUGCUGUCUGUUGGAUGCUUGCUUCUAAGUUGAAUUCUAAGCGACAGGGAAGAGAUUUGGUGCAGCUGCUAUGUGCUCCAUAUUGGAAAAUUGGAUUGGCUUGUUGAUUAAUAGUAGUACUACUUCUUAGAGGAGAUUACAAGAACUCCUUACCGUCAUGUUUGUAUGUUCAGAUGAUUGGUGUACCUUUUCGCAUUAAAAAAGAUGUUUGUUGUAA